CGUUGUGCCACUUCCAGAGGCGUUUGCGCGGAAUAAGCGCUUCUGUCUGUUCUUGGGCAACAUUAGCUCGCUCUACGACGAAAGAAUGCUUGUUAUGUUGUUGAACCUAUAUGGCCCCUUCCGGGAGAUGAUCUGCUCGCGCCCCACAUUCCCCGGCGCGGUAAAAAGUGCAAUCGUCGUAUACGACCAGCCAGAACCGCUGGAGAACGCGGCCCGUCACCUGAACGGUGCUUGGCUGGCGGGCACUCGGAUGUACGCGGCGGCCAGCUUUAUUACCACCAGCCGGCCAAUCCUGACGUCCACCGAGCUGCACGUUACCAAUUUCAGCGAAUGGAUCGACGAGGAAGUACUACACGAGCUUUUCGGUCGGAUAGGCCGGGUGAUGCAAAUUGUAAUGGGCCGGAGCGUGUACGGGUACCGUGAGGCGUAUGUGUCGUUUAGGUCGGCCAUGGACACGGAGGAGGCUCACUUGCAGCUCAACGGAUGGGAUAUGGGCGAUGGGUUUGCGCUCCGCGUGCGACAUUCUUACACCGUGCAGGGUGGAGCACCAGUUUCGCCGGCCGAGUUCCAGCGCCUGCAGACGAACCGGUUCCUCGGUGGGUACCUGCGCGUGUCCGGCUUGGGGCAAUCGUUCGGAGCGGUGCGACUACGCGAACUGUUUGGGACGUAUGGCCUCCUAAGGGAUGUGUCCGUGCUGCGGGAUCAUGACCGAGAGCCGCUCGGUUGGGCGAUACUGCGCUACCAGAGCGAUAAACAGGCCCUUUUCGUCUCCCGCAUUAUGGACAACACCGUGGUGGACGAUUCCCGUCUCAAGGUCGUGAAGCUGUCUAACCAACUAUUGCCGUUCACUGACGCUGUUCCGAUCGACUUGAGCACAGCAUUUAUUCCGGCGGUGGCUACCUCAUCGGCUGCCUCAUCCCUCUUCCCAAGAGCCUGGUUGGGUGUGUAAUGUCUUCCACGUGCUUUCGUCCAGUCGCUGUUGGAUUCCAUAACGCUGAUUCUAAAGCUUCGUUUAUCAGCGAAGCAUGCAUCCUGGCAGAGUGGAGUGGAUCCCCGCGCUGUAGAAUGGUGUUCGAGUGCAAGUGAAACGUGCACUUUAAAGUUUUUUUAUCAUUGUACAUAAAU